UUUGUCCCUUGACUGAAUUGAUUAUGCAAUUAUUCAUCCAUGCGUUAGGGGGCGCUGAGACAGUGCAUUCCGCAUCACCAACGAAGAAGACUGGAAACAGCACGCGAACAACAGGCAGUCGUGUAUAUGAGGAGGUUUAUAUGCUACUACCGAAAACAGUCGUCAUGCAUGUUUGUCAGCGGUGUGUGAGUUUGUUGCUCUCGAGGCCUUUAUCUGCAGCUCUCCAGCAGUCGACACUCGCACUGCAUCAGCGCGCACAUCUCACACUGCUGCAGCACAGCACCAGACACACACACAGCAGACAGACAUGGAGACACUUCACGGACCACCAAGCUGCCUCGCCAGAUGUGUAUAAUAAGAUUGAUCUUGCGCAGAAAGAGGUUGUGCCAUUCAAUUCUGACGUGCAUCGAAUAGAUUUGGACGCAGCUGUGCAUCCUUCACCACUUCAGGAAAUCAGCGAGGAGGAAGCAGUCCAGAUUCACGUACCUUCUGCCCUUCCACCAGAAUCUUCCACACUCAGACCUUAUGUUGAUGAAUCAGAAACUCUCAGCAAACUGGUUCAGCUUGGUGUCAACCUCUGGAAACUAGAACAGAGACCCAAUGUGGGUUCCAUGCUGGUUAGACUUGACUUCCAUGCCGAUGUUGCACCCAAACUACUGCUCCUCAAAGAUCUGGGAGUUGAAGAGACUAAACUGGGCCAACUGCUCACCAAGAACCCCUUCAUCCUCACAGAAAGCCUGGACAACCUUGAAGCCAGGGUGUCCUACUUGAAAUCAAAGAAGUUCAGUAAGCAGUCUGUGGCUGCUAUGGUGAGCAAAGCUCCAUACCUGCUUAACUUCAGUGUUGAGAGACUCGACAACCGCCUUGGAUUUUUUCAGAAGCAGUUGGGACUCAGUGCUGAGAAGACCCGAGAUGUUGUGACUCGUCUACCAAAACUAUUGUGUGGCAGUUUAGAGCCAAUUAAAGAGAAUCUAAAGGUUUGUGAACUGGAGUUUGGAUUUCGUGGAAAUGAAAUCCAGCAUAUUGUGACCACGGUUCCUAAAGUCCUAAUAGCCAAUAAAAGAAAACUCACCCAAAUAUUUGACUUCAUUCACAACACCAUGGAUGUUCCACACUCGCUUAUUGCAAAGUUCCCACAGGUCCUUAAUGCCAAAUUUCUUCGCAUCCGGGAGCGACACUUGUUUCUAGAGUACUUGGGCCGGGCUCAGUACCAACCAUCUCAACCCAACUACAUCUCCUUGGAUCGCUUGGUGUUCCUGCCUGAUGAAGUUUUCUGCUCAGAAGUAGCAUUAGCCACUCUUGAAGACUUUGAAAGAUUUCAGAAAACGUUGUAGAUGUACAGAAUAAAUGGAAUUAUGUUUAAUAGUUUGGUUGUAUGAACAUAGUUUUAUAAAUAAACAUUGAAAAGUUAAAUUGG